AUGGCCACCGCCACGUACGUUACCACGCCUCCGGCCCUGGCCCCUCCAGGGCAGCCCGACAUCUCGUAUCACCCAGACCCUGCGAAAUAUCAGGCGCGUAGAGAUAGGCGAAUCAAGUCUGGCGGGCUAGCCAACAGCCUCCCUAAGGGACUGCCUCGGCAACUCACUGGGAAGUUGGUCUGGGAAGGCGACAAGCUCGCGGAGACGUAUGAGUGGACUUAUGUUCUUGAGCCAAACCAGCUCGAUGAAAUUGAUCUUGCGGUGAAACACUUCAAGUCUCUCGGUCUUUCUCUGGGUCAUAUAAGCCAGCAGACUUUCCCCUUGCCAAGAUUACACUCUGAACUUCGACGUCUUUCAGACGAGCUUCAUAAUGGCCAUGGCUUCUUCGUGAUCCGCGGCCUACGUGUUGAUGAGCACUCGCGUGAAGAAAACAUAAUCAUCUAUGCUGGUCUCUCAGCACACAUUGCCCCCAAAAGAGGUCGCCAGGAUAAGAAGUUCGAUGGCAAACCUGCGGCCGUUACAUUAUCUCAUAUUAAGGACUUAAGUGGCCCCGGAAAUAAUGCGGUGAUUGGUAGUCCGGCUUUUACUACUGACAAGCAGGUAUUCCAUACCGACUCGGGCGAUAUCGUAUCUCUGUUCGCUCUUGAGACGGCUGCUGAGGGUGGCGCAAGUAAGCUCGCCAGCACAUGGCGGGUGUAUAACGAGAUCGCUCGUACUCGUCCUGAUCUCAUCCACACCUUGACGGGGAACUGGGAUAUAGAAAACUUCGCAGAGCGGAAGUUCAUAUCAAGGCCUCUGAUGUAUUAUCAACCAGCCACCGAUUCCACCCCAGAACGCGUGGUAUUACAGUACGCCCGUAGAUCACUCGUCGGAUUCGGCGCGUUGCCUCGAAGUCAUAACAUCCCACCCAUCACCGAAGCCCAGGCCGAAGCACUGGAUACACUACACUUCCUCGGGGAAAAGUUCAGCGUCAACACGUAUUUUCAGAAAGGUGAUAUCCAAUACGUGAACAACCUGGCGCUCUUUCACGCUCGAGAUGGGUUCACAAACACAGCGGAAAAGCAGCGACAUUUACUACGGCUUUGGCUGCGCGACCCUGAAAACGCUUGGGAAACACCAGAGCCGUUGAAGUGGAAGUGGACCCAGCUCUAUGAGGGAUGGUCGCCCGAGGAUGAGGUUUUUCCUCUAGAGCCGUAUAUUCGAACAGCGGGCAAUAAGAGCGGUUGA